GCCAAGGGCCUGCAGCAGCACAGUGCAGUUUAUCCCUGAGGAAAUUAACUGGGCUAUUAAUUAAUAUCAGGAGCAGAGUAGCCAUGGCGGGAGAGCUGAAGGUGCUGAACGCGCUCGACGCGGCGAAGACGCAGUGGUACCAUUUCACGGCGAUCGUGAUCGCCGGCAUGGGAUUCUUCACCGACGCCUACGACCUCUUCUCCAUCUCCCUCGUCACCAAGCUGCUCGGGCGCAUCUACUACUUCGACCGGGACUCCAAGAGACCCGGCACGCUCCCGCCCAGCGUCUCCGCCGCCGUCAAUGGCGUCGCCUUCUGCGGCACGCUCGCCGGCCAGCUCUUCUUCGGGUGGCUCGGCGACAAGAUGGGGCGCAAGAAGGUGUACGGCAUGACGCUGAUGCUCAUGGUCAUCUGCUGCCUCGCCUCCGGCCUGUCGUUCGGGUCGUCGGCCAAGGGCGUCAUGGCGACUCUCUGCUUCUUCCGGUUCUGGCUCGGCUUCGGCAUCGGCGGCGACUACCCGCUCUCGGCGACGAUCAUGUCGGAGUACGCCAACAAGCGCACCCGCGGCGCGUUCAUCGCCGCCGUGUUCGCCAUGCAGGGGUUCGGCAACCUCACCGGCGGCAUCGUCGCCCUCAUCGUGUCCGCCGGGUUCAAGGCGCGGUUCGACGCGCCGGCGUACAGGGAUGACCGGCCCGGCUCCACCGUGCCGGAGGCCGACUACGCGUGGCGCAUCGUGCUCAUGUUCGGCGCCAUCCCGGCGGUGCUCACCUACUACUGGCGGAUGAAGAUGCCGGAGACGGCGCGCUACACGGCGCUGGUCGCCAAGAACGCGAAGCAGGCCGCCGCCGACAUGACGAAGGUGCUCAACGUCGAGAUCGUCGAGGAGCCGGACAAGGCGGCGGAGCUCGCGCAGCGCGAGCAGUUCGGGCUAUUCUCCCGCCAGUUCAUGCAGCGCCAUGGCCGCCACCUGCUGGGCACGACGGUGUGCUGGUUCGUGCUGGACAUCGCCUUCUACUCGUCGAACCUGUUCCAGAAGGACAUCUACACGGCGGUGCAGUGGCUGCCCAAGGCGGACACCAUGAGCGCCCUGCAGGAGAUGUUCAAGAUCUCCCGCGCGCAGACGCUGGUGGCGCUGUGCGGCACCAUCCCGGGCUACUGGUUCACCGUCCUCUUCAUCGACAUCAUCGGCCGCUUCGUCAUCCAGCUCGGCGGCUUCUUCUUCAUGACGGUGUUCAUGCUCGGCCUCGCCAUCCCCUACCACCACUGGACCAAGCCGGGGAACCACAUCGGCUUCGUCGUCAUGUACGCCUUCACCUUCUUCUUCGCCAACUUCGGGCCCAACUCCACCACCUUCAUCGUGCCGGCGGAGAUCUUCCCGGCGAGGCUGCGUUCCACCUGCCACGGCAUCUCGGCGGCGGCGGGGAAGGCCGGCGCCAUCGUGGGGGCCUUCGGGUUCCUGUACGCGGCGCAGAACACGGACCCGAACAACACGGACCCCGGGUACCCGCCGGGCAUCGGCGUGCGCAACUCGCUCUUCUUCCUCGCCGGGUGCAACGUCAUCGGGUUCUUCUUCACGUUCCUGGUGCCGGAGUCGAAGGGGAAGUCGCUGGAGGAGCUCUCCGGCGAGAACGAGGACGACGACGAUAUGUCCGAGACGAGCGAUCACCGGACUGCGCCGGCGCCGCCGGCAUGAUAUACAGUAUAUACUUUUCACAAAUAAUGGUCACCCGUGCUGUGUUGUACAAUGACCACUUAUGUUCAGCCAUUUUCAAUAAAAAGCCAAACGAUAUA